UCAUGUGUUGAUUGAAUUUAGUGUCAUGUCAAGUGUCAGCCCUUUGUCUAACCUACAAAUUAAUUUGUUCAUCGGCGUUUAAAAUUAAUUGUAUUGUUAUUAAAAUGGCUUUAAUAAUGAAUUCUAUAGCAAGAACAUGUUUCUAUUCAAAUCUACGUUUACUCUCGCCAUCAAGUUACGUGAGCAUGACACAAAUCAAAACUCUUUAUUCGCCUUCCACGCUCGGUAUUGAUGGGUUCCUACUAUCAAGAAAGAGGUGUAAAGAACAAUUUACAAAUUAUUCUGAGAAGUUCAGGACGAAGAUGAGUGAGUUUGUGUCAAGCGACAAUGCUAUGAUAUUUACGGAAGAUUUGAAGAAUAUGGUACAUUUAGCAGAACCUACAGACCUGAAACUCAUUUUAAAUAUGAUUCAGAAGUUCAAUACCCAAAACACUGAACUGAGAUUUGGUUCCUAUGUAUUUGGACCUGUUGUUAUGAGAAUGUUCCAUUUUCUUGAUGCACCUAAAGAAGCAUUACAGUGCUUCAAUGAUCCAAAGAAUGAAGGCUUCUUUGACCAGAUGAUCAGUCACCAGAUCCUAUUAGACUUGUUGUACAGUCAUGAGAUGUAUGAUGAAAUGUACCAAGUGUUUGAUAAAUCACAGGAGAAGCAGAUUGGAAGUAUCAAGUUCCCAAAAUACUGUGUGGUCCUUGUAUUGGCUGCUUGCUACAAACAAAACACACCAAAGAGUUUGGAGUAUGCAUCAAAACUAUGGUCUGAUAUGGCUAGCUCUGGCAGUAUACCAGUCAGAAGAGCAUGCACAUUUUUCGCUGGUUUGGCUUUAAAACAAGGGGCACCACACAUAGCGAUGGAAUCAAUAACAUCACAAAAACAGCAUUAUGUUUCUAUAAGAAAUAUCAAAGUAAUGGCGUUAGCAGAUAUGGGCCGAGUUGAAGAUACGUUUCCAAUACUGAGGUCGGUUAUGGAAAUUGAUACGCCCGCUCAGAGCGACAAACACACAUUCUUUGAAGAAGCCGUCGAACGAGUACGAAUAGCCGCAGAGAAACUCGACAAUAAAGAUAUAAAAAAGAAAUUCGAUGAAAUUGCAUACGCCUUGAAAGAUAGAGGGCUGAUUGAUAGCAGCAAGACCUUGGACCAGCUGCUCAACAUGGAGAUAGACAGACCGAGGACGUCAGACCAGAACAGGGGACAAUCAAACUUCUCACAGAAAAGAAUUAACCUCGGACCGCGCCAUAAGAAGCGAAUUGUAUAGCGCAACCAACUUAUGUCAUACAAAGUCCAUAAAGUAGUCUGUUCUUAGUAUAUUUGGUGUACAUACUUAAUUUAAUUAGACGGCUCACUCGUGUGAACUUUUCGAGGAAAACUCUACUAGUUUCAAGUCAGAUUGGAACCUAUAUUCAUUAGACCACGUGAGUGAGCUAUAUAAUUAAAUUAACUUAGUAUGUCUCACGAUAGUUACUGUAUAUAGUUGUUUUGUGAUUGUGUGAAAGUAUGUUUAUAAAAGGCUGUUUUUACAACCAAAUUGUAAGUGAAUAAUGUACCUUAAAGUAAUGGUAUUAUGGUCGAUAAUUGCAAUGCAUUUUUGUGUUAUAUUUUCAUUUACAUUGAAAUAUUGACAUCAUAGUACAAAAUUUUACGGUGCUAUAUUCACAAUAUGAACUUAUAAAUGAUGAGAUCCACCUAAAAUAGUGCAAUGAGGUAAAAAAAGCAUUUUCAAAAGGUUUUUUAUUAUUCACAUUCUGUUGUUUUGUAUGUUCGUUGAGUCUGUGUAUUAAAACAAAAUUAAAAGUUGAAACUUA